AUGGAGUGGAGUGCUUGUUUGGAUGAAUAUGAGAAGCUUGUUAUAAGGAUGACCACUCCCAGAGUCGUCAUCGACAAUGCCGUUUGCCCCAAAGCGACUGUUGUCAAGGUUGAUAGUGCUAGAAAACAUGGAAUUUUACUUGAAGCUGUUCAAGUCCUCACGGAUCUGAACCUUUCUAUAAAGAAGGCUUACAUUUCUUCUGAUGGACGGUGGUUCAUGGAUGUUUUUCAUGUGACUGAUGUAAACGGAAAUAAGUUGACUGAUGAGAGUGUUAUUAACUACAUUGAGCAGUCGCUUGGUACCAUUCAUUAUGGGAGAACAACUGGUUCAAACGGUUUAACAGCAUUAGAACUAACUGGUACCGACCGGGUUGGCCUUCUUUCUGAGGUGUUUGCAGUACUAGCUGACCUACAAUGCAGUGUGGUCGAUGCUAAAGUUUGGACUCACAAUGGCCGGAUUGCAUCCCUGAUGUAUGUGAAGGAUUGCAAUUCGGGGUCACCAAUUGAGGACGUGCAACAUAUUGAUAGAAUAGAGGCACGUUUAAGGAAUGUUCUAAAGGGAUAUAAUGAUAUUAGGAGCGCAAAAACUGCAGUAUCAAUGGCAGUCACACACACAGAGAGAAGGUUGCAUCAAAUGAUGUUUGCUGAUAGGGACUAUGAGAGAAAGCCUAUUUUGCAGCCUAUUGGUGAUUCUCCGGUAGUGACAGUACAAAAUUGGGCGGAGAGAGGUUAUUCUGUUGUGAAUGUUCAGUGCAAGGACAGAACAAAGCUUUUGUUUGAUGUUGUUUGCACGUUGACAGACAUGGAAUAUAUUGUGUUUCAUGCCACUAUCAAAGCAGCAGGAGACGGAGCAUACCUGGAAUUCUACAUUAGGCACGCAGAUGGAACCCCAAUUAGUUCAGAGCCUGAGAGGCAACGUGUAAUUCAAUGCUUACAAGCUGCGGUUGAGAGAAGAGCAUCCGAGGGUUUGAGGCUAGAAUUAUGUACACCUGAUAGGCAGGGCCUUUUAGCUGAUGUGACGAGAACAUUUAGAGAGAAUGGUCUUAAUGUGACCAGGGCUGAGAUAUCCACUACAAGAGACAUGGCUCUAAAUGUAUUCUAUGUAACAGAUGCAAUUGGUAAUGCGGCAGAUCCUAAACUAAUUGAAUCGGUUCGUCAAAAAAUUGGAUUGAGUAAUUUGAAAGUGAAGGAAUUGCCACCAUUGAUUUACCAUCAAGAGGCAGAAAGGGAAGAUCAAACAGGAGGGGUCGCUGGGACGGUGUUAUUAUCACUUGGAAGCCUAGUGAAAAGGAAUUUAUACCAUUUGGGAUUGAUCAGAUCAUAUUCUUAA